AUGCCGAGCUCUCCAAAGAAUGCACCAGUGAAGCGGGAAAAAGGGUCAGUCUUGCUCCCAGCCAGCAACAAUUAUGGGGUAAAGCAGAUGGGCUCUGCUGCGGAGCUACUCACCCACGAUCUGCGGCUGAAGGAUGCUGGAGACUACAUCUGCGAUUCUGAUGAUGAGCAAACUGUGGCAUCUUUGGUACUGAAAGCUUUGUCGGUAACCUUCACACAACCGCUCCAGAACCAAGAGGCUGAAGAAGGCGGCACUAUCACUUUGAGCUGUGAAAUCUCAAAAUCAAAUGCCACUGUGCAGUGGAAGAAGGCCGGGACAGUGCUGCGACCCAGUGGCAAAUACAAGAUGCGCCAAGCUGGAUCCGUGGCUGAGCUGACAAUUCACAACCUGAGUGAGGCUGACACCGGGGAAUACACCUGCGACACAGGGGACCAGCAAACCACCGCUGCUGUGCUCGUGAAAGAACCAGCAGCAACCAUAGUGGAGAUGCUGAAGGACACCACUUCGUAUGAAGGAGAAGAUGCAGUGUUUGAAUGCAGGCUGUCCCAGGAAACAACUCAGGAUGCCCAGUGGUUCUUGGGGGAUGUUCCCCUGCAAUCCAAUGAAAUGAAUGAGAUCAGAGUCCAGGGGACGCGUCACACGUUGGUCCUGAGGAAGGUGACGCUGGAAGACUGUGGGCCCAUCAGUUUCAAAGUCGGGCAGCAUACCUCGGCAGCACAGCUCACAGUCCAAGUUGCUCCAGUCACCUUUGUAAAGGCUCUCCAGAGCUUGGAGCUGCAGGAGGGGGGCACGGCUCACUUGUCCUGCGAGGUGUCCAAGCCCAAUAUCCCGGUGGAGUGGAAGAAAGGCACGUCCGUCAUCUGCUCCGGCCAGAAGUGCAGCAUCAAGCAGGAGGGGAACGUGCACACGCUGGUCAUCCACAAUUUGAGCCCUGCGGACUCAGGGGAGUACAGCUGCCACGCAGCCGACGGGAAGACCACUGCCAGACUGGAGGUUAAAGCCCUGCCCAUCCUUUUCAAACACUGGCUGAAAAACGAGGAGGUGGAGGAAGGGCGCACAGCCGUGCUGCACUGCGAGCUGACCAAACCCAGCGUGCCUGUGGAGUGGAGGAAAGGAGACGCUGUGCUGCAGUCAAAUGACAAGUACGAGAUCCGGCAGGAGGGGACACGUGUUGAGCUCUUCAUCUACGACGCUGAGGCUCAGGAUGCUGGCGAAUAUACGUGCGACUCGGGGGACCAGCAGACCACUGCGUCCUUGCAAGUCAAAGUACUGCCCGUGCUGUUUAACAAAGAGCUGAAAAACGUAGAGUCUGAAGAAGGGGGAACGGCUGUCUUGCACUGUGAGAUCUCCAAGCCGGAUGCCCCUGUUGAGUGGAGAAAAGGAGGGGUGGUCAUUCAGCCCAGUGACAAGUACGAGAUGAAGCUGAAAGGCAGCACUGCUGAGCUGAUCAUCCAUGGUGUAGAGCCUGACGACUGUGGAGAUUAUACCUGUAGCACUGGAUACGAGAUCACCACGGGUUCUGUGUAUGUGCAAGAAGAAGCAGCAGUCAUAGUUUCUGGUUUAAAGAACACAGACGUCUUUGUGGGUGAGUCAGCCACCUUCACCUGCGAGCUCUCGCACCCGGGCGUGAAGAAUGUGCAGUGGUGGCUCGAUGGAUCUCCCCUUCACAACAACUUUGUGACUGAAAUCUCUGAGCAGGACGGGAUGAUCCACACUUUAACCCUAAAUGAUGUGGCGUGUCAUGACUCGGGCACUGUCACCUUCAGAGCUGGGUCCCUUAUAUCUUCAGCUAAAUUAUUAGUCAAAG